AUGGAUAAACCCAGAGGGUUUUUUAAACUAGCCAUUACAACACUAACUGAAAUCAUUUAGAAUAUUCAAUCAACCUCAAUACUGUCACAUUCGUCAGUUCAUCCUGGUAUAAAUCAGCUACUAAGAUGUAUUUAUCGUAAUCUGAAGAACUGGAGAUAUCUGGAUAACGGAAAAUUAGAUAUGGAAUGGAUCUCUGAUCAAGAACCUUAUUUAUUUGAAAGCACUUAAGAAAUACUCGAAUUUAUCAACAUUAUUGCAAGUAAGGUGAAUGAUGAGGUAUAUCUGGUAAAAGUGUUUUUCACCUAGACUGCUAGUGUUGAUGAUGAGAUUAGUGAAAGAAUGUGUUUUCCAUUUUAGAUACUUGUUCUCUAUUUCAAAGCUCAGAAAAAUUUCUUAAGCAUUACAGAUAAAGGAAUCUUAAGGACUGUAAUUUUAAAAUGUCUUAACUGCAUGAGCAAGGAUGAAACAUUUGCUGAGUAUGUAUCGAAUGAGUCAGAAUUCAUUGAAAUUUUCAUGUAAAUUUUGGCAAGUUAAUUAGAAAACCUCCCUCACACAUUGCAAUAUUGUGAAAGAGAUGGUUUUAAUGUUAUAGAACAAAUUGAAGGCCAAUAUAAUAAAUUAAUAGUCGAUUAAUUCAAGGAUUUUAUUGAUUCAGUGUACUUUUUGCGUGAAAUCUUACAAAAUAUACACAACGAGCAUAUUUCGAUGCUGAGAAUAAAGCAUUAGCCAGCAAAGCACUCUAAUGCUCCCAGUAGGAAAAAUUCCUCUGGCAAACUACCUAUUUUGGAAAAUCAAAGCUAAUUGGAGUCUAGACAUGAGUUAAAAGUUAAGGAAUCCUUUCAGAUAUCCUUCUUCUCUUUAAUAUUAUGCAAAAUUAUUCAGCCACUUCUGCUCGAUGAAUCACUUUUGCAGAAAGCUCGAACACUCAUGCAAUAUCUAAUAGAAAUCUUAGUUAUUCUGAAUGAUCCAACUAUUUCUAGGCUUAUUUAUGCUUUUUACUUUGAUAAACUAGAGGCAUUAAGGAAUCAAUAUAUAGUGGGAGGGUAGAACUAAAACCUGUAUUAACAAAUUAUUGGAUUAGAGACUACUACCUUUAAAGAAUACAAGAUUUCAACUAAUGAAUUUUCCUCAGAUCAUUUGAGUGAAGCAGGUUUUGAGUAAGUGACAACUUAAUAUGACGACGAAAAUAUGAUUGAUUAUGAAAACAAUAAUAAGAAGAGACCAAUAGUUCCGAGAUUAAAUCUUGCUUACAACUCUAGUUUUGGAAACUAUUCUAAAGAAUCAGUCAGAAAGUUAAGAUAGAGCAAUGAUUUUUCUGUUAGGGUGCCUCAAUCCCCUGAAAUGAGUGUAAAAAGUAGCUCAAAUCCUUUUAAUAUCAAGAUGGUUAGAUCUCAAUAGAAAAAUGAGGAAUUUAACAGAAGGACUAAGAUUUAAUAUCCAAAUGAUAAGAUGACUGAAAUAAGACUAAAUCGAAUAGAUCUGCUCCUCUAAGAGGCUUAAGAUAUCUAAGAUAUUUAAAGUGAAAGGGAAAGUUUUUACAAUAUGAAUAAGUUUGCUAAUAAACUUGAUCGAUAGCUGCUUGAGUACAAUGGACAUGAGAUGCUAAGAUAUUCUAAAAUUAAUCUCAAAAGAGAUAAUGAAGGAAUAAAUUUAGUGUAUCUGUAGAUGAUUCACUCAAUCAUUAAGAUUUAGGGCAUUAGGCAAUUUUAUAUGGAAUUCAUGGUAGAUGAUAUGAUACUUAUAGAGGAGGAAAACUAGCCUAUUAAGGAUCUUUAAGAUUUUAUUGGUUCAACUUUGACAUAUUUAACUGCUACUGAUCUUGAUAAGGAGAUUCUCUUGCAUUUAAUAGAUGAUAGUGAAACUAUGUUUGAAUCAGGUGAUACUAUGACUCUUGUAGUGUUUAUAAUUUAAUAUGGCGAAGGCUCAAUCUUAGAUAUUUUGGAGAAGCUAAAGUCAUAAGUAGCUUAAUUUUAAGACAAUAGUGAUGUCAAGAUUUUCAAAAAGACGAUUUAAAGUGGAUUUGAAAUAGUUUCAGAUGGUCUAUAGCAAAAUAAUUCAAAUUGGGAGAGGAAUAUGCAAGUUGCUGAAAAUAUCCUUAUUUUUGAGAAUCUUUAUCAGUAAUUCUAGCUUUUCUUAAUUCAUCAUCUCACUGCAUUCAAGAUUAUUUAAGACUAUCACACAGUAAAGAAGCUAGAUAGAAAAAUCAGAAAUUCCAAAUAAAUUACUUAGAGUUCUAUUUGA